AUGUAUACAAGAUAUGGUACCAACUGUGAUCUUUACUGUAGUAGUGGGUGUCAGGACAACAUCUGUACUAGAGACAAUGGUCAUUGUAGUUGUAAAACUAACUUUUUUGGUAAUAAAUGUGAUUCAUGUAUACAAGGUAGAUAUGGCUCGGGAUGUGGUCUUAACUGUAGUAGUGGAUGUCAGAACAACAUCUGUACUAAAGACAAUGGUCAUUGUACGUGUAAAACUAACUUUUCUGGUAAUAAAUGCGAAUCAUGUAUACAAGGUAGAUAUGGUACCAACUGUCAAGAUAUCUGUAGUAGUGGGUGUCAGAACAACAUCUGCAAUAAAGAUAAUGGAUAUUGUACCUGUGAAUCUGAAUUUUCUGGUAACAAAUGUGAAUCAUGUAUACACGGUUACCAUGGUACUAACUGUCAGUCAACAUGUAUAGUUACUAACUGUAUGGGUAACUGUGACAGGACUACAGGACAAUGUUCUAGCUGUAUACAAGGUUACCAUGGUACUAACUGUAAAACUAGAUGUUCUAGUAACUGUACUGAAGAAUGUAAUAAAUCAACAGGUAGAUGUAUAGAAUGUAUAUCAGGAAUAUUUGGUGAUGAUUGUAAUAAACCAUGUCCUGUUAACUGUAAAGAAACUUGUACCAGGGACGAGGGUAAAUGUGGUGGCUGUAAACCUAUUACAGUUGGUCUAUAUUGUAAUUCUACAUGUGGUGCUGAAUGUCUACCAAUUACAGACGGGACUCGAGAAACAUGUAAUAGAGAUGGUAGGUGUACUGAAUGUAUUGUGGGAAGAUAUGGCGAUGGCUGUGAUUGGAAUUGUAGUACAACAUGUGAUGGCAACUGUAGUAGGAGUAAAGGUAGAUGUACUGAAUGUAUUGUAGGAAGAUAUGGUGAUAGAUGUGAUAAGAACUGUAGUAAAACAUGUGAUGGUAGAUGUGAUAGAACUAAUGGUAAAUGUAGUUUAUGUAUUAAAGGGUACAGUGGAGAUACCUGUGAUAAAGAUUGUAAAGAUAACUGUACUAUUUGUAAUCAAGAUGAUAUCAACAACUGUUCUCAAUGUAUAUAUGGAAAAUAUUAUGGAACAGCAUGUAAUUACACGUGUAGUUUGAACUGUAAACACGGUUCCUGUUAUCAAGAAAACGGAGACUGUUCCGGUGGCUGUGUGGAGGGUAAAAUGGGAAUGGACUGCUCCAAAAAUUGUACUUGGGGAUUUUAUAGUGAGAAUUGUAACAGAACCUGUGGAAAUUGUGCUCAGAAUGCAUCAUGUGAGAUAACCAGAGGAAGUUGUGGUUUAGUUGGAUGUAUAGAAGGUUAUACAGGAGAUACUUGUCAUGCUAUUAAACAUAAAGAUACAGCUGAUGAAGAAGUUAGUCCAGUUGUAGGUGGUGUUAUUGGUGCUAUAUUUGGUAUAGUUGUUACAUUAGUAAUAUGUAUUACAGUAUAUUGCUAUAUAGUUAAAAGAAAUCAGUCGUCUAAACAAACCAGUGAAUCACGUGGUUAUAGAUAUAAUAAUCAGUCUACUAUAAAUACAUCAACAACAGGAGGAGAUAACUCUACAUCUGAUGAUAUUACUUAUGAUACUCUACAACAAGUUUCAAUUCAACAAGAUGAAGCAGCAAAUCAAUAUCAAACAUUAAAUCCAGAUCCUGCAUAUGUAAACCUUGGUUUACAAUAAAACAAAAGUGUAAUAUAUAGUGUAGAAGGGCGGAUUUGGAUUUGUUUGAUCACAUGCAGAACAUGGUUGUUAAAAAUAUCAGGCAUAUGUAAUGGUCAUAGAUUUAGUUGUAAUUUAGUUCAGAUGAUUUCCUAUCCUAAUUAAAUAGAAUAAAAGACUUAUAUAGCUGUAAAUAUUAUCGCAACAAUGAUGUUAAUUAUUAUUCAUAUUAGUUCAAAUGAGGUGCAUGACUCUUGAAAAAGGGCAAAUUUACACAUUUUCAUACAUUUGACCUAAAGUGCUCUAUGGAUCUCAAUCAAACUUAGUAAUUGAUUGGUCAGUUAUUAUUUAACUAUAGUUCAUCGGAAGAAGUUGGAUAACGGGUGCCUUGACAAGAUAAAUUUAAACGUUUUCUGUGUCAUUUGGUAGAUACAAACCAAAUUUGGCAGUUAUGUUGAUUUGGUUUAUAAUUAAUGGUUUUCUACGUUCCCUGCCAACGGU